AUGCCAUGUGGAAUGCAUAAAUCAAAGAGGCCAAGUGAAUGCCAGCAAAGGAAAGCAAAAGAGGCAAGAUUUAAAUCACUCACAACACUUGCUGGAUCCAUUCUUCAAUAUGUCAAAAUACCAGAUGAUGGCCAGGGUUUAUCCAAAGACACUGCUCAUCUGUCUCCAAUUGAUAAAGCUGAUUCUCCCGAUUCUAGUAUAUUGCUUUUUAUUAUAUUAUUUCUUGCCAAGUAGUAUCUGGCAUUCUGUGGCCACAAGGAAGAUGAAUCUUCACUAAAUAAAGGGGACUUUCUUGAGACAGUUAAAAUGUUUUCAAAAUAUGAUCCAGUGCUAGAAGAGCAUCUAAUGAGAUUAAAUCAGAGCACAAGUAAACUUAAAGUAUCAAUCUCUUAUCUUGCACCAAAAACUCAGAAUGAGUAUAUAAGUUUCCUGGCAAAUGAUAUGAAGAAGCUUACCAUGGACAUAAAGUCUGUGAAGGACUUUGGGAUCAUAGUCAACAGCACACUUGAUAUUUCAUAUACUGACCAGAUAUCCAAAGUGAUCAGAUAUGUGAAAAUCAACAACAGGAAUGUUGAAAUGAAAAAAAGCCUUUCAGGAUUUUUCUCUUUAAAGGGGAAAAAAGCUGCUGACCUCAGUUCUGAUAUUCCUAAAAAACUGGAAAGUGAUGAACUGGAGAUAAUGAUGUACCAUGCUUGAGGUUACAAUAAUACUCCUGCCAGUAUGGCUGGAAUCUAUGGAGGUGUACAAGAUAUUUUUAAGGAAGAGAACAGGAAAGAUAGUUUUAAUAGACAUGUGGACCAUUUGCUUAAUUUGUGUGAUCAGCUCUCUUUUGCUGAAAAUAUCAGAGCAAGAGCCAGCCAGGAUGUAACAGCUAUGUUUGAGGCUGUUGAAGUGAAAAGGGUCAUAUCUGCCACUGAUGAAGAUUUAAAAGUAUCUUUUCCAAAACUGAUUCCUUUCAAUGAAGUAGUAUCCAAGAGUGAGGUUUUAAUAGAAAUACCAAGGCUGAGAAGGCACCUGAAGAUACAAGAGAUUGAUCUGGAAGAAGUCAAAGACCAGACAACAUUAGAUGUUUUCACAUUCAUAGCUGAAUGGGGCUUUGUAGAAUCUCUCUUAACCCUUUCACACUAA